CUGGGUUUUCCUCUCUCUCUUUGUUUUACCAAGCACUUUAUGGUGAUAGUGUAAAAGCACCAAAGAUUCUUUGGUUGGUGAGAAGCAUAAUAGCAGCAGCGUCCAUCAUGAGAACAUGUAUUAGUGUCAUAGAUCUCGAGAAGACAAAAGUACCCAUUAAUAAUUCUCCACGUUAAAAGCGAUGGGUAUAUUUUAAUUACUCAACUAGGGCUGCAAGCCUGUGGAGCACAUGGACAUGGUGGGUGCCUCUGCAACAGCAAGCCCUUGCUCGUCUUAUCAGCCAAGUCCUUGUGUGUCUUACAACCCCAGCCCUGGUUCAUCUUCGUUCCCAAGUCCAGCCUCAUCUUCGUACGUAGUAAAUCAUAAUGCUGAUGGUAGUUCUCUAAUUCCAUGGCUCAAAAACCUCUCAUCUGCAUCUUCAUCAGCCUCAUCUUCCAAGUUCCCUCAUCUCUAUAUUCAUGGUGGCUCCAUCAGUGCUCCUGUCACCCCUCCAUUGAGCUCGCCAACUGCCCGAACUCCAAGAAUGAAAAAUGACUGGGAGCACCAACCUGCCCAACCAGGAUGGGGAUCACAGCAACACCCCUCCAUGCCUUCUUCAACUCCACCUAGCCCAGGUCGUCAGAUCAUUCCUGAUCCAGAGUGGUUUGCUGGACUUCGAAUCCCACAGGGCCGGCCAACUUCUCCUACAUUCAGUUUUGUCUCCUCAAAACCCUAUGGCUUCAAGGAAGAAGCUUUAGCAGGUGGAGGAUCCCACAUGUGGACUCCUGGGCAGAGUGGGACAUGCUCUCCAGCUAUUGCUGCUGGAUCUGAUCAUACUGCUGAUGUUCCAAUGUCAGAAGUGAUUUCAGAUGAGUUUGCAUUUGGAAGCUAUGCAAAAGGGCCCGUCAAGCCGUGGGAAGGAGAGAGGAUUCACGAAGAGUGUGGAUCAGAUGACCUAGAACUCACUCUUGGCAGCUCUAGGACUAGAUAAAGAAUUGUGGGUGAAUUGUUUCUUGGGACUCUUUAUCUGAACUUUGAUUCCACACUUUUGCACUCAGAAAAUGGUAGCAAAUGGGAUCAAAGUCUUUAUGAGCAGCCUCUCCCUCUUUCUUAGCCUUUUCUUUUUCUUUUCUUCCCUUUCUCUAAAUGUUGUUUCUAAGCUAUGCAUAGUUCUCCGAGGUCUGAGUGGGUUUCUUAACCUCUUAUUCUGCCCUUUUCUGUUCAAAUCUAAGUUUUGUUGAAAGAACUAGUGCUUGUAUGAUCCCUGCCUUAAAGUUUUUAGUAUGUCAUUGUAAGAAAAUCUCAUCUACCAGUCUUUAGGACCGUAUUUAUGAAUGGCAUCAGGAAGAUCUCUACCAUUUCUUUUUGUACAAAUUGUCAUGUGCAAUGUUUAUGAGUCAC